AUGCAAGUCUACAGAUGUAGUCUCUUGCUGCCGUGCUUCUCCCACCAGUGCCAAGUAAUCCACCUGGUUAGGCUGGGUGUUUCACCCACGUCCUGCCUCUGUGGGGAGUGUGCUUCCUCCUCAGUGAAGGAGAAACCUUUCCAGAUGCAGAGGGAGUGGAAGUUCUUCCAGGGUGAAGGGGCUACCAAAGACAUGGGGAAGAUGCUGGGUGGGGAUGAAGAGAAAGACCCAGAUGCUGCCAAGAAAGAAGAGGAAAGACAGGAAGCCCUCAGGCAAGAAGAGGAAGAGAGGAAAGCCAAAUAUGCCAAGAUGGAGGCUGAAAGAGAAGUUAUGAGACAAGGGAUUCGAGACAAGGUAGGGAUCCGACUUGGCAACUCAUAA